AUGGCACUGAAAACGAGUCAAUCAAGGGGUGACAGUGCAGCAAUCUCAUUAGAUGCAAUUUCAAUGGAUGGUCUUCCUUCAAAGUUCUCAGUGUGUUGCUCUUGUCCACCAUCAGCAUCUGAUCAGGAAGCUUCCCAGGUUUACAACUAUCUCCAGGUUCCCAAAACUCCUCAGACUGAUCAUGUGAUGAUCAAUGAUGUGCAACGUGAACUUCGCCUGCAGACUACUGAGCGUCUCAAUGAGCAUCAGAGAAAGCAUCUCCAGAGCUUUUGGCAGAACCAAAUGAGGGAAAUCGAUAGCCUUCCAGUUAGUAAACAGAAUCAGCUCCCUUUGACAAAGAUUAAGAAAGUGAUGAAGCUGGAUAAAUCUGUGAAGAUGGUGAGUGCAAGUGCACCAGUUGUCCUGGGAAAAGCAUGUGAGUUUUUGAUCAUGGACAUGACAGUCAGGUCAUGGCUGCGCAAGGAGAGCACAAGGAACGUUCUACUGAAGGCAGAUCUUGCCGGUGCUAUAUUGGACACUGAUUAUUUUGAUUUCCUUGCCGACCUUGUCACCGAUGAUAACACCCAGGAGGAAAGUGAUGAGUAG